UUAAUAUACUUCAAAUAUCAAAGGGCAUCGUAUUAUGUUAUGAAUAUUAUCUAAGUAAUCUAAGAAGAACUAUUAAGUUUAGAGCAAUUAAAAAAGAUGUGUAUAAUUUAUAAAAUAGUAUAUUUAUAUAGGAUUUAAGAAUUGUUGUUAAAAGGAAAUUUAAAUCAAUCACCCUUAUAAAUACUAUAGUAGCACCUCUAAUUUAAUUGGCAUCAUGAUGUAGGUUCCUAACAUAUCCAUUUCCCCAUUUGAA